AUGCCCCCUCCCAUGGACAGCGGAAGUAUCUACUCAAGUCAGUCAAUCAUCUUGAACAUGAAAGACCUCAUUACCAUCUCAGCCUUUCUGUUUGCCUCAGUGUCGGCGCUGGGGACCAGUCGUCACGGUCCAUCUCACCCCGAAGUCUCAGUCAAGAACGGUACACUCACUGGGGGUUACAAUUCGGAGUACGAUCAAGACUUCUUCCUGGGAAUUCCCUAUGCACAACCGCCUGUCGGAAAUUUGAGAUAUCGCCCUCCUCAAUCCAUCAACCAAAAUUGGACAGCGAGAUCAGCAACAAAGUAUGGGGCUUGGUGCCACUCUGCACCUCUUACGCUUCCAGGCUUCUCGCAAAAAGGAUUUUCUCACGAAGAAAGCGAAGACUGUCUGACUCUCAAUGUGGUGAGGCCCAAUGGUGCGAACGGCUUCAGCAUGCUUCCCGUAUUGGUUUGGAUUCAUGGUGGAGGUCUCCAGGAGGGCGGCAGUGCUGAUCAAAGAUACAACAUGUCUUCCUUGGUAGAAGAGUCUGUGCAAAUGGGCAUGCCCAUCAUUGGCGUCAGCAUCAACUAUCGUCUCUCAGGCUUUGGAUUCCUUCAAGGUCGCGCUGUCAACGAAGCGGGCUCUGCAAAUCUCGGACUAUAUGAUCAACGGAUGGCACUAUCUUGGGUUCAAGAAAACAUCGCAGCCUUCGGCGGUGACCCUCUCAGUGUCACCAUCUCUGGUGAAUCGUCCGGCGGCAUCUCAGUUGGUCAUCAUUUCCUCGCUUUUGGUGGGCGAGAUGACGGUCUGUUCUCUGGUGGAAUCGCCGAGAGUGGCGGCCCCCUUUCGCCUAGCGCUAUGAUCUCUCUCGACCAACAGGACGUACUCUACGAGAAUGUGCUGAGCCACACCAGUUGUAUCAAUGCUGCCGAUACACUUGAGUGUCUCCGCACUAUCCCCGCAGAUGUAUUGAAAGCGGCUUUCCAGGGCAUCUCAUACUAUCCUGUAGUAGAUGGUGCCAUGAUCGAAGGCGCACCUUCUGCUGCUCUGAGAAACGGUCGAUUCGUGAAACGUCCUCUCCUAACAGGCAGUAACACAAAUGAGGGCACUGCGUUCUCUAUACCCACGGGUCUCAUUGUGAACAAUGUGACCGAUUUUUACUCUUUUGCUGCAGCAUUUGAUGCAGGCCAUGGCCUCUCUCAAAACACGAUCCGUGAUUUGUCCGAAUUCUAUCUAAGCGACAUGUCCACCCAGGAGACCAGAGCUGGUCUUGACUCGGUUUCUCCAUCUCCUGGUCCAUCCUAUGGAUCUUUGUGGGGAAGAGCCACUCUAUACGUUGGAGACAGCAUGUUCCAUGCUGGACGACGAUACGCCACUGAAAUGUGGCGGCAAUACGGAGUCCCAUCAUACAGCUACCGUUUCGACACCGUGCCAAAUGGUAUCAACCCUAGAAUUCUUGGUGCAACUCAUUUCCAGGAAAUCCCCUUUGUAUUCCGGAACUUGGAUGGUUUGGGUUAUAUUACCAAUCCGCUCUCUUCAAAUUCCACGGAUAUUUCAAUCAAAUACAAUCACCUCGCAACCCUCAUGAGCCGAAUGUGGAUCAGCUUUACUGUCACUCAAUCACCGAAUUCCCAUAAAGUUUCGGCGUUCAACCUCACUUGGCCGGUCUACGAUAAUACUGCUCAGAAUAUGGUCUUCCGACUGAACGACACUCACCUUGAAAACGAUACUUAUAGAAACCAGGGAAUUCGGCGGAUUAUCAGCGCUUUCAAGGAAUACAAGAUUUAG